UUCUCUUCUAUACUCACUAUACUGUGUUUCGGAUGACGUAUCGAGUGAUGAUCAAAUCCGUCAUGUCGGUUAAGAGGUAGCAUUUUUUUGCUUUUCGUAAAGUUGAUGUGACGGAUAUUAUUAUAAAUAUCACAUAACUUGUUUAUAACAAAUUUAUUGAAAUUGUCACGUUAUUUAUUAUUGACAAAAAACUGUUAAACUUGAGAUUCUUUUAAUAUCGAGGUUAGAAUUCCACUGUCAUCACAACGGGGGCCGAACAGUCAGCCAUGUCCGUCUCUCAGAUGGAAAAGAAUUUAUUCAAUUUGAAGUUUGCUGUGAAGGAAUUGGAAAGAAACUCCAAGAAAUGCGAGAAGGAGGAGAAGAUAGAGAAAACGAAGAUUAAAAAAGCAAUACAGAAAGGUAACAUGGAAGGUGCUCGCAUUCAUGCGGAAAAUGCGAUUCGACAGAAGAAUCAGGCCUUGAAUUAUCUCAGAAUGAGCGCUAGAGUGGAUGCAGUGGCUAGUAGAGUACAGACCGCAUUGACAACUCGUAAAGUCACUCAGUCCAUGGCUGGUGUCGUUAAAGCCAUGGACGCCGCUAUGAAGUCGAUGAAUCUGGAGAAGAUCUCCGGACUUAUGGACAAAUUUGAAAGCCAAUUCGAGGACCUGGAUGUGCAAAGCUCAUAUAUGGAGAAUGCCAUGUCGCAAACUACAACUACUAAUGUACCUCAGAACGAUGUGGAUGCUUUAAUGCAGCAAGUUGCUGAUGAAGCUGGUUUGGAAUUGAACAUGGAACUUCCUUCGGGUCAGUUGGGCAGCAUUGGUACUUCGACAGCGGUGAGCCAAGAACAGGAUGAACUAACGCAGAGAUUGGCACGACUUAGAGAGUAAUGACACGCGCUUUAAUGUAUAUUCAAAUGUUUUAUAAAUUAUGUAAUAUAUUUCUUAUAUUAUUAUGGUAUUAUUAUUAUUAUUGUUAUUAUAGUAAAUACCAAUAUGAUAAUACAUGUACUCUCCAAAUUUCAACUCUAAAUAAUAAAUUGAUAGCCCGAUCAUAUAAGGCA